AUGUUGACUGGGAAGGAUGAUGAUGAUGAGACGCAGGAUGAUGGUGGUGGCGGUGGUACAACUGCUCGUGUUGAUGUGUUGCGGAAGGCGUCCAUCUUCUUUCUGCUCACGGAUGACCAAGACGUCGACAUGGGCUUUGUGUCCCAGCCCAAGCUCGUCAGCCUGUGGCAGAAGCAAGGCGCCACAUUGGAAGCAGCCUUUGCCAGCACACCUGUGUGUUGUCCUUCACGCGCAGGCAUCCAGACGGGAAGGUACAUCCACAACGUCCCCAUGACCAACAACUCCAUCCCGGGCAAUUGUUCCAGCACUGCGUGGCAGCAAGGCGCCGAGAGGCACAACAUCGGCCACCUCAUGAAACAAGCCGGUUACACAACAAUGUACACGGGCAAAUACUUGAACCAAUACGGUGCACCGAGUGCCGGUGGUGUGCAGCAUGUUCCUCGCGGAUGGGACAACUGGCAAGCACUUGUCGGCAACAGCGUGUACUACGACUACGUGAUCUCCAACAACGGAACCCCGGAGUCACACGGCAACACGUACCUGCCAAACCUGCUGUUGGACAAGACAUCCGAUUUCCUGCGGACACUGGAAGGGACUGAUGACCCCUUCUUCAUCAUGGUUGGCACUCCGUCAUGCCACGACCCCACAGAGCCUGCACCAGAAUAUGCGCACCUCCUGCCAAACGCAACUGCCCCGCGCCCGCCAAACUACGGCAAGGCGUUUCGAGACAAGCACUGGUUUGUUGCAAAGCAAGGAGAGGUCGCAGGUUUUGGAUCAGGGUAUGCGCCAAUCGAGGAGAAGUACAAUGAUCUGCAGUACCGCCGACGCGCCCUCACGCUCAUGACUGUUGAUGACAUCGUCGCAAACGUCACAGCAACCCUGAAGAGCAUGGGGCGACUGAACAACACAUAUUUCUUCUACGCCUCAGAUCACGGCUAUCAUCUUGGCAACUUUGCGGUCCUCAAGGAUAAACGCCUGCCCUACGAAACAGACCUUCGCAUCCCAGCCGUUGUUCGUGGGCCACACAUCAAACCAGGUCAUGUCGUUCGCUCCCCCGUCACUCUCGUCGACUUUGCACCAACGUUCCUCGACAUUGCUGGCGCGCCAAUCCCAGACACGAUGGAUGGCGUCAGCAUGCUCCCAGUUCUCACCGGCCAAGAGGCUGAUGUGCGAACGGACUUCCUCGUUGAGUAUCACGGGGAGGGGCAGCCGCCGUCAAGCCAGCGGCUGCCAUGCCUCAUGCAUCCACCGCGAUGGCCGCACGCGCCAAUCUGCAGCUGCCAAGAUGCACACAACAACACAUACGAGUGUGUGCGAACACUUGACCGCCAGAAUGGACUGAACACGCUGUACUGCGAGAUGGAGUCUGGAUUCAGGGAAUUCUACAACAUCACAGGCGACCCACAUCAGCUGGUGAAUGCCAUUAACACGACAGAACCAACGCUCAUCGCACAACUGGCUCGCCGCUUGCACGCUCUCAAGCAAUGCAAGGGCCCUUCGUGUCGUCAGAGACACACAGCACAGCACAACCCAACGUCUUAA